AUGUCAAAGUUUAUUAACAUUUUCUUGGUUGCCUUGGUUGUUGUUUUCGGAAUGAUUGCACUCAGUAGUGCCAAUGAAGAUAUCAUUGUAAAUGGUGUCAAUGAAAACUCCUACUCUGUUGAUAUUAGAGAACACUACUCACAAGACGUUUUCCCAGGCCAACAUGAAAGAUUGGAUGUUAACGCUCAUGCUUCUUACGAACAAAGACCAUACUACUACUCCAACAGAUGGUGGUAA